GAUGAGUCAUGUUGACCUUGCUUUGGGUGUCUCAUUUAGGAUCAGGAGGAAUGAGUGCAGCCUCAAACAGUGACGCCUCUCACUCCGUGGGCAGUCAACCUAGUCCGAGUGAAUUGGACCCAGGCACAUCUAUAGCCACAUUUGGUGGGAAGACUCAGAAGCCCAAGUCCAUGCUGGUCAUUUCUGGGGGGGAAGGGUACAUAGAUUUCCGGAUUGGAGAUGUUGAAGAUGAAGUAGGGAGAGCAGAGGAAGCUGGAACAAGUGAGAGACGAUCACUAUCUCGAGGGGACCAGAGUCACCUGAUAGUGUGGCAGGUGAAUCUGCCAGACCAGGCCAUCGAUGCUCUCUCUCUCUCCUUCAAUUAGCUUCUCUUUUGCUCUCUCUCUAUCUCUUUCUCUCUCAUUUCCAUUCUGCUUUUGGGGAAGUUCCUGAGACAGAGGUGCACUAUAAGUGGAUGAAAUGGGUUGAAAUGAAAUGGGUCAUUUCAAAUAAGAAAACUACAGAAAGAAUUUUGCACAGAUCAGCACGUGGAAAAUGUUUAUGCUUGUAGGCCAUAUAAUUCAGCGUUUUAGUGCUCAAGCAGGCUUCAAAUGGAGGACUCCAAUAUGAGCCCUUCUGUCAAAUCAUAGACAGCUAGUGCUCAUGCUUGUGCUGGAUAUGUGAAUGUAAAACUCCAGACCUGGAUUUAUGAGACACAAUUUUGUCUCUGCAACUUUCAGAAUGCAUUAACUGGGACUACAGUCCAGUUAUCUUGGUGAGUAGGUGAGUAUUCCAUUUGUAGGUCAAGCUCAUAACUCAUUAUAUUGACUCAUCAUGCAGAUGAAUGUGGCAAUCACAUGAUUUUGAGGCUGGCAUUUGCUUAGCACCUCUGUCCUUGACUGCCCCUAUCAUCAGUCCAGUAUACCUAUCAUUAUGACUAUAUCUUUCAUCAUCAGUGCGUCACAAAACAAAUUUGUUGGCUUACAACCUAGGUUUGAGAAGCCUUAGUUCAGCACUGCUUUGUGUCUUUCUUCAUGUUCUGUACUCACUAAGCCUGAUGAUGAUGAUUCCUGAUACUUGAGAUGGCUAUUUAUUUUGUUGUCCUAAGUCAAUUGCCUGGGAAGUGUUAUUCCCUCCACCUUCAUGUUACCUCAUGCGCAAAUUAAUAAUCUAAUGCUUUAUCUCACUGCGGUGAUGGUGUAUUUGUACGGUGGUGAAUGGGAAUCUCCAACUCGCUCACUUCCCCAGCCACCAAUCGAGCAACUGAUUGCUUUGAUUGUCUGUUGUCAGUCAGUGUCUUUUUUUGUUUUUGAUUGUCUUCAGGCUGGUUCUCUAGAGGCUUGAAAUGGAAAUAAUAUAUUAAGACUAUUUUUUUCUACAAUCAAGCAGGAAUAGGACAUUGACAUGUCAUGUGAUACGUCUGUGAAGUUAUGCAGUUUGAGAAACGAACUCAUGCUUUCCAUGAGCCUUAUUACUGUACUCUUUUUAAAUUUAGCAUGGUAUUAUUAUAUCUUUUUAUUUGAGUGAUUUCAAACAUUUUAAUUGGAUGAUCAUUUUUGAAUGGUCAUUAUUGCAUGUUAAUCUAUGGUCAUUUCACUUGGUUCCUUUUAUGUCCUGACAUGUUGUCAGAUUUCAUUGAGUUUCUUUGGGGAGUCCUUAGAUUUGAUGAGUGCUGCAUGGUUCAAAGCUCUUUAUUGAGGACGAAAGAAACCUGAUGGAAGUGACAAGAUCCAAAAUAAAUUUCUUUUUUUCUUUAUA